AUGCCGGCUCCAAUGCCAGCCUGGCACAAGAGGACCAAACUCCUGCUCACACUGCUCUUUAUCAUCUACAACCAUCAGGUAACAGGUUCACUGCUUGAAAGUCUGAUUGCUAAGCGGAAUGAAUACUCGAAGAACUGCAAUAAAACUCUGGUAGCGAGUGCACUCUCAAUAACUGGAAACUACUGCAAAGGAGCGUUUGACAUGUUUGUGUGUUGGCCCCACUCUUCUCCUGGAAAUGUGUCCGUCCCCUGUCCGUCUUUCUUACCGUGGAUCAGUGACGGCACUUCUAGGAGCGCACAUAGAGAAUGCUUGGAAAAUGGGAGAUGGCGACAAAUGGAGAACUCCUCCGAGCCCUGGAGGGAUGUCUCAGAGUGUGAGGAGCACCAUUACUUUAAAGACAAGGAGGAUGAAAUGCUGCGCCAUACAGCCCUUAGGCUCAUCUCUGUCAUUGGCUACUCCUUGUCUUUGGUGUCUCUCAUAUUAGCCACUCUGCUAAUGGGCAUGCUAAGGAAGCUCCACUGUACCAGGAACUACAUCCAUAUGAAUCUGUUUGUGUCAUUCAUCCUGAGAGCUGCAGCUAUCCUUUCUAAGGAGAUCAUAAUGCACAUCGUGUAUUCCAACCUACCAAAGGACGACCCUGGAUGGAACACCUACUCGACCUCUCCGAUAGUGAUAAUGUGCAGAUUGUCCAAGGUGUGCAUGGAGUACUUUGUGGCCUGUAACUACUUCUGGCUUUUGGUGGAGGCCAUUUUCCUUCAUACAUUGCUCUUCACUGCUGUGCUGACCAAGAGGUGUCUGCUGAAGAAAUACAUGCUGCUAGGAUGGGGAACUCCGGCCUUGUUUGUGACACCAUGGACUGUGGUCAAGAUUUUAUAUGAAAACACAGAAUGCUGGUCCAUUAUUAACAGAGGUUUCUGGUGGAUCAUAAGGGGUCCGAUCACUUUAUCAGUGCUAGUUAUUUUCUUUAUCUUCAUUAAGAUUCUGAUGUUGCUGCUGUCCAAGCUGAAAGCAGAUCAGGUGAAGUUUACCGACUACAGAUACAGCUUGGCCAGAGCAACACUGGUGCUGAUUCCUCUGCUUGGAAUCCAUGAAGUAGUCUUCACUGUGCUGAUAGAUGAAUGUGUAGAUGGAAGCAGUCGCUAUGCUCGGAACUUUGUCAACCUCACCCUCAGCUCAUUCCAGGGGUUCUUGGUAGCUGUUCUGUACUGUUUUGCUAAUGGAGAGGUACAAGCUGAACUAAAAAAGCGCUGGCAGCUCUUCUUGUUCACCAACCACUUCAAGGUCAGGACCUGUUUUCGGGGAAUGCCCCUGAAGCACCUGUGGAAAUGUACUCGAGGACAUCAUCCGCGGUGCUCUCGGCAAAGUGACUCCUAUGACGAGGGCGGCAUUUCAACAAUGCACCCCCACCUGCUCCAGGUGGCUGUGCACGGAAGAGGCAGGGUACUCGGAAUAGGAGAAGUUAAAGGUCAAGCGCUGAAUGGCUAUGAUGUGACAGGACUUGAGUUCCUCACCAGGAAGAGUCUAUCCAGUAGCGAUGGUGAGAUGACGCUUGGGGAAACCAUGGAAGAGAUUCUGGAAGAGAGUGAAUUCUGA